GUUGCGUUUCUCCGGGAUUUAUUUUUGUGGUGCACCUGUGUAGCGCCAAUGAUUUUCCUGACAGCAGAUAAGCAUGAAAACUCUGUUAGUUUUUUAGAAGCUCUAGAAAAGACAAAGUAGAGACAGAAUAAUGACACAAAGUCACGUGUCAGGGAUGGAGACAUCCGCCAUCUCCGUCCUGAAGCGGGCGGUGGAGCUGGACAACAGCGGCCGCUUCCAGGAGUCUCUGGUCUGCUACCAGGAGGGCAUCCAGCUGCUUAUGGACGUGUUGAAAGCAGCUGUGAAAGAUGACUCAAAGAGAGGCCACUACAGGGAGAAGAUAAAGGGCUACAUGGACAGAGCAGAGCAAAUCAAAGCUCAUGUGAACCAGUUGAAAGAAGACGGGAAAUACCACGAGCAGAUCAGAAUCGCGGAGGAUGCUACUGGUUACAGCUACGAGGCUCUGUUCAAGCCCUACAUGAGCAGUUUGCUCACAGAGGUCUGGGUAGAAGACCCGUACAUACGGCACACACACCAAUUGUACAACUUCCUGCGGUUCUGCGAGAUGCUGCUCAAAGCGUCCUGCAAGGUGAAGAAGAUCCAUCUCCUCACUUCACAGGAUGAACAGGCGGACAGCAGCCAGCAGAGCAGCGCUCUGGCCGAGCUGAAGCAGAGUCUGAGCGCUCAGGGACUGACUCUGGAUCUGCAGUACUCCUCCACUAUACACGAUCGGGAGAUCAGGUUUGACAACGGUUGGAUCAUCAAGAUAGGAAGAGGGCUAGAUUACUUCAAGAGACAUAAGGGACGAUUCUCUGUUGGAUAUUGUGACUAUGACCUCAGGCAGUGCCACGAGACCAACGUAGACAUCUUUCACACCAAACACACAAAAACACUAUGAGAUUCUUAAAUCUUAAAUACAAAUGUUUUUCUAUCUUGAUUAAUUUAAAGACACAUCUGCUGUGUUUUUGGAUUUGCCUUAACAUACAGGUGCAUGUGCCUUAUAACAGCUGUGCUCAAUCUAUUAUCAGGUUUUACAAAUGUUUUUUGUCACUGGUGUCUUUAAAUUUAACGGACUGUAUGUUUCUAAAUUCAAACUAUGCAAAAGAUGUUUUGUUUUUUUUCUAUUGCCAAAUGCUUUUUAGGAUGUCACACCGCCACCUGGUGGAGAAAUAUAUGUAUACAUUUAAAAAUUAUAAUAAAAGUGCUUUUAUAAUAUCAUAAAA